CAGAUUAAUCCCGUCAUAUGUGCUUUCGUGAUUAUUUUAUUUUCGUAUGGCUACUUCAAGUAGUGGUCGACGUAGAGUCACAGGCAAGCUCUAUGCUGCCGAAGACCAAGCAUUCAAUCAAAUUGCAAAAGAGGCCGAAGCCCGACUAGCAGCGCGGCGCCAAGCUCGAGCAGAAGCCAGAGAAAUUCGUAUGAGGGAGCUCGAAAAACAACAAAGAGAGGCUGACGAGCAGAGCGAUCGUCAAUAUGAACUGCUCACAGAUGUAUCCAGAAAUCGUUCUGCUGUGGAGAAUGUCCGGACUCCCUCCUAUGUGUCUGGGACGUCUUCCUACACCAGUUCGAGAAGGAGCAGUGAAGAUUCCACAGAUGCGCUGGAUUUGAGGGAGCUCAGAUCAUGCCUCAGCGGUAGGGAACUGAAGAUUCAGUUGUCUGAUUUGGAAGAGAAGUUCCGUAGAGCCAUGAUCAGUAAUGCUCAGCUGGAUAACGAGAAGUCUGCAUACAUAUACCAAGUAGAGACUUUGAAAGAUGAGAUAGAAGAAAUGCAAGAGAAUUUGACACAAAUUCAGAGAGAAUAUAGAGAAAAUAAACGGGUAUAUGAUCAACUCACGAGAGAUUUUAAGAGCUUGAAAGAAGAAAAUGAGUGCUUGCUACAAAGUUUGAAGCAAAGGGAUGAUCUUAUAAAAGAACAUGGUCUUGUUCUGGUUGGGGAAAAUUCCAUGAAUGGAGACAUCAGUGAAGAACACAUUUCGAAACCUCUGAGCAGAAAGAAAAGCAAGCAGAACUCCAAGGCAUCCUUGCUAUCUUGGCAUUCUGCACAGCUUUUAGAUCAAGUUGGAAAUGGUUCGUUGGAUGUACGGUUAAAGAAAUUCGUGGAAGAAAAACAAGAGCUUUUAGAUGAAAUUUAUAGGUUGCGUCUAGAUCUAAAAGAAGAACGGCAAAAAUUAUCUAAAUUAGAGAAUGGCAAUUCAAAUCAUAGCCCCCAUACUAAUGGACCUGAUAUUAAGGUUUUAGAGCUUCAACGGGAAGCAAAUAAGCAAGUUAGUGACUAUAAAUUCAAAUUGAAGAAGGCAGAGCAAGAAAUUACGACUUUACAAAGCAAUAUUUGCAGAUUAGAAAGUCAAGUGGCAAGGUACAAAACUGCGACAGAAAAUGCAGAAAAGACUGAAGAUGAUUUGAAAGCAGAAAAAAGAAAAGUGUUAAGAGAGUUGAGAGAAGCCCAGUCAAGGAUAGAAGAGCUAGAGACUUCAAACUCUCACCUUCAAAAACGUAUUGAUAAACUGAAGACUGCAAGAAAUGCUUUGAGCAAAAGUUAA